GUCUCACUGCACGUUCCGUAGAUGGGUCCGGAAGUGCUUCGGCGGUAACCGGAAGUAGAUGUCGCUGGUGCUGAGGAGCGGGUGAAGCUGCACGCUGGCUGUGUGACAUGUCGGAGUGAGUGUCCCCGUCCUUAGCAGCAUCUCGCACAGCGCCCUACCCGGCGUCGUGAUGGCGAAUAAGCGGAAGCGACAGGAGGAUUUCCAGAAAGUGAAGUUGAAGGUUGGGAAGAAGAAGCCCAGGACGGACAAUGUCACCGACACCAAGUGCAGGGUCCGGGCCAUCCACCUGAGCGAGCAGCUGCGGGAAGAGCACUCCCUGCUCACCAGUAACAGGAAGCUGACCAUCACGGACAUUCUAUCACAAAUGCACCAUUACAAUGCUGGUGUUAAACACGGUGCUCUUGUUGGUCUCAGAGAAAUCCUGUCAGCUCAUCCUUCAAUAAUUGACUCGCACAUUUCCAAUAUAAUGAGUGAAGUGGCUGCUGUGUUUACAGAUAAAGAUCAACUGGUUAGAUCUGCAGCCAUUUCUGUUUUGCAGUAUUUGUCGCCUAUGAUAUCGCAACAGAAAAUUGCACCCUUUUUUCCUCUUGUAAGUGCCCAUCUUUCCACUGCUAUGACUCAUAUUAUGGCAGGUAUCCAAGAAGACUCCUUAAAGAUCUUGGAUAUCCUUUUGGAAGAAUAUCCUGAUUUACUUAUUGAUCGUAGUAGUAUGUUGGUGAACAAUUUUCUGGAACUUAUUUCUCAUCAGAAGAACUCUAAAGAAAUAAAGAGCACCGAUAAACCAUCUGCUUGGACAUUGUCUGUGAAUCCUAAUCGAAAGAUUACGUCCCAGAAAUGGAGGAUAAAUGUACUAAGCAGGUUAAAAAAGUUUCUGCAAGCAUUAGUGAAACGAGCGUCUGAAAGAUCUCCCUGUAAGGAAGGCCUGCAGGACGACACAGAAAACAUAUUUACCUUAAAUAAGAAUAUUCAUAUCUCUUGGCCAGAACAUGCAAAUGGUCAGCAAACUAUCCGAUUGUUUGAUUGUGGAGAAACACAAACCACUAUGAACUCAUCAUUCCAUCUAAGGACACUGUCUGGUGCAUCUAGCAACGCAGAGGAAGGUCUCUCUUCUUCAAAUAAUUUGAAAGCAUUUAUUCAAGCAAUCAUUCCAAUUUUGAUAGAAUGCUGGGUUGAAGAGUCACCUGCUGAGACCACAGGUGAUGUUUCGGAGAAACUUCUGCAACCUGUAGCACAUCAUCUGCUGCAGCAAGUACUGAGCAUCAUUUCUCUUCUUUGGAAGCUUAGUGAACACCAGGAUGAAUCACAGAAAAUGGAUGUUUGGCUUAGAAAGAGUUAUCUUAAAGAUUUCAAACAUCAUUUUAUGAAGCAUUUUCCAUACACCCUACAUGAAACGUUAAAACAGAAGAAAAAACUGAAGAAAGGUAACAAGGAUGGAUUGCUUCCCCAUAAUGGCCUAGACCAUCUGUUAUUAAAUUUAACAUUAUGUGACAUUAUGGUCUCCUUGGCUAAUCCUACAACCCUUCAAGAGGACUCGGGAUGGCUGGCUAUGAUUAGGAUGUUUGUGACUGAAAAACUGACCAAUGGGUGGAAACUGAACUGCAAGCAGUUAAAACGACUCCUUGAAGUAACAAACAGACUUUUAAAUAUUCAGAGAAAUAGAGUGGCUACAGAAAAGUUAAUUCAAGCAGUAUACAUGAUGUACCUGCAGAGAGACCUGCAAUUAGCCGUGCGCUCCAUGCUUCUGAAGUUUUUUAACAGAGUUUACUUAAAAGAAGAAGAUAUGUGUCUCAACCUGGGAAGAAGUCGAAGUAAAGUUUUAUCUCGUUGGCUGGCUACACUGCCAAUGCAACUUGUGCAUCUUGGUCCAAGAAACCAUCAACUUUCUGCCCUUAUGAUUGAUACAAUAUAUACUGCUGCAGCUCGUUCAAACAAAGACUUGCUACAGAACCUCCAAACGGCAGCAUGCCAUAUAUAUGAUUCAGAAGAAGGGGUCCUUGUGCUUCUACCAGAAGAUUUGCAGUUGAAGUUGAUACAGCUGUUGUACUUUCUUCCUUUUUUGUCAUCUGAUUUGCUUGUUCGUUUGAGUCGGUGCUGCAUUACUGAAAGGUUGUCAUCUAAUCUUGUGUCCACGCUCAUUGGUUUAUUUCAUGUCAGGUCUUCUUUUGGAAAUUGGUUGAGUCCAGCGCCCGAUAUUACGAUGUAUGAUGUGGACUUUUUUAGUUUUUUGUUCUCAACACUUAUAGGCUUCUCGGCAGAGAAGUUGGCAUUGAUGCAAAGUAAUAAAAUAAAUUCUCGAGUAAGCAGAACACGGGUCUCGCGUAUCUGCCUGUACUUGACAGAUCAGUCAUACUUUGCUCACCAUUGGACGGUGACACAGGCAGUAUGUAACAGUCUGACUUCAGUGAGAUCACGACGCCAGUGUUUUGAUAUUCUACAGAGUGCUAUCACCAAACAUUUGGGUGGCUUGGUGGUAAUACCUGACAGUACCAUUGGAUCUGUUUUGCAUGCCGUAAGUACACUUCUUGACCAAAGCUGCACUCCAUCGGAGAGUCUUCAUGCAUACUUGGCCUCCAGCUGUUACAGCAUUUUUUAUUUCUUGCUUACCAUUGAGAAAGAUGUUGAGCAUGUACAGAAAAGGGACUCUCUAUGGGGAGCUUGCAUUUCCUUACUUUCUAUGCUGCCAAAUGUACUGAAGCUUAUGCUGCAAAAUCUUCAAGUCAGCAGAGCAUGUCAGGAAGAGCUGCCAGUUAUUGCACAGUUGCUUCGUCUACUGCUACAAAACACACAGCUAAGAAGUCACAUGAUGACCAAUGCUUUCUUAGUACAGCAGACCCUUCAAGAUGUCAUGAAUCUCAAGAGCUGCGAAAUUCAAGAACAGUGGCUUACAGAUCUUCAGUACUGCUUCAAUGUGUAUCUUUCAAAACAAAUUCAGGAAUGAUUUGCGACUGUUUUAGUCAUUUUUAUGAAACAGAUUGUAUAUAGUGUGUGACAAAAAAAAAAACAACAAGCUGUGACUUCAGAAACUGAAUGUGUUUUUACUGCUGGACAACUAAAUAAAUUGCCUACAUCAUUCUUGCACAGUGUUAUUAGUGGAUUGCUAGACCUUUUUCUAAAGUUUUGUGGAUGUCAUUUUAAUUUGACUUUAUUUCCCGUUCUAUUUAACGAUCUAUUUACAUGAUUUAUACCCCAUAGUCUGCCAAUUUUGUUAAAUGUUUAAACCAUAGAAAAGAUUUCAACUUUGCUACGGGUGUGGUUCAUUAGAUCGACAUGCAUUAGGUCGACAUUGGAUCAACCACUGAAGGUCGACAUGGUCGUUAGGUCGACAUGAAAAAAGAUCGACAUGAGGUUUUUUUUUACUGUUUUUGGUGUUGUUUUCUUCGUAAAGUGAUGGGGAACCCCAAUUAGUGCACCACGUCCCCUCACAGCAAGGUCCCUCGCUUCGCUCAGCACAGGUUACCGUUCCCAAUUGUAGUCCACGUGGAUCAAUAAGUAUGAAAAAGGUGAAAAAAUUAUAAAAAAACUCAUGUCAACCUUUUUGCAUGUCGACCUAGUACGUGUCGACCUAAUGACCCCGUCAACCUUCAGUGGUCGACCCGAUGUAUGUCGACCUAAUACUUGUCGACCGAACGACCCCCUCCCCGUUGCUACUGUUGCACUUUUCAAUAGCAGCAAAGAUUAGUUUUACUUUAUAUUCAAUAUUGACAUAGUAGCACAAACUUUAGUACUAGAUAACACAAAUGUAGCCACGAAAGCUAUCUACAGCCAACAUAUAUCUGACUUUAUGGUGAGCUCCAAAAUUUUGCUACCCUACUAGGAAAACUCUGCUAUCUCUUGGAUAUUUUGAUGCCCCGGUUAAACAUGCUACCUUGGUACCCUUGUACUGUAGGGAAAAAAAAGUAAACUUAUUUCUCAUGUACAUUUGCAGUAAUUUGAUAUUUCAUAAGUAACUUAAGAAUGAGAAUCCACUCUUUGACCUCAGUCUUAAUGUGAGAAGAAAGUUGUUUUUUUAUUGUUGGUAAUUGAAAAGUAAACUACACCUUCCUAAAUUAUGCUACUUUGUCUCCUCUUGAUGCCAAAUUUAGACCUUUUUUUUAUCACAAAUGUGUUUUUCUUUAGUAAAUUUAUUGUAGAUACAUGGUUUUUUUACAAAGAGGUUUGGCUGAAAAAUGUUUUUGCUGUACAGUAAACUUGUCCCAAGUGCUUAAAUAAAAUGUGUUUGAUUUUCUUAA